UUAACUUAUUUGUCUGUCAGUCAGAUGGAAAAAAACAAUGUGAAUUUGUGAGUGAGUGAUAAGUAAAAAUAUGUCUAAAUCUAAAAGUUGAUAGGCCUCCAUGAAGAGAAUUAUUGAACAAAAAAACGCGUUCAUAACUGAACUUAUGAACGACGGUGGGGGAACAAUGCCACACAUAGAGAAGAUGCAAGCGCGAACAGGGAAGGAGACAAUACAUUCUGGUCAUUUCAUGGUGUCGCACUUUGAAGCUGAGGCCCAAGAUGAUUUCGAUGAUUUGGCCGUGCCCGUACCAGAUGAAGAACAAAAUGUUCAAAAAGUGUCAGUGGUGGCGACGUACACGGUUCCAGGGUCCAAAGAACCUCCCUCCUUGUUUGAUAAAGAAGAUAGUAAACAACAUCAACAGCUUUCCAUUGAGAUAUCCCUUACAAAGUUAUUUAAAUGUAUGACUUUGGCCUACAGACAAAAACUAACUUCACCUAAAUGGAAUCGUUUUAAAGGUAUAAAACUUCGGUGGAAGGACAAGAUCAGAUUGAACAACGUCAUAUGGAGAUGCUGGCACAUGCAGUUCAUUAAGAAACAAAAUACGCUGGUGUGCCAGUUUGCGUCGCCGUUGGAUGUGGAUACUCAUGUUAAGCCAGAGACAACAAUAUUAGAGGGGAAGUACUGGAAACGUAGAGCGGAAGCAGUUAUAGCAGAAUAUAAAAAAUGGCGAAUGUUUCAUAUAAUGCGUCUCCUGGGCAAAGGGGACACCUCCGUCCAGGAUGCGAUAUCGGACAUGGACACGGUGGAGUCGUUCUCGCAGUGCAGCGACUUCGCGGCGAACAUGCUCACGGACGAGGACUACCUGACCUUCAUGAGUGACACUCUCUUCUCUACCAUAUCCAGCCACCAGCCGUUCGCGUUCCCGGACCCGAGGGAGAUCGCUAGAGGUGCCAGCUUAGCAGACUUCAUUCAACCAAGUUUAGGCCCACUUCAACCUAAUCUUGACGAUUUUAUGGACACAUUGGAGCCUCUCCAAGACCUACUCUCAACUCCACGCCUGCCGCCGGUGCCCGAGGAACCAGCUCUUCCGGCCGAAGACAACAUGUUCCGAAACAGUAUGAACGUGGACUCGUAUGGGCACGGCUACGACUUGUCCGCCUCGCACGCCAACGCCACCAUGCCCCCCAGCCAGAUGACCAUUCACGGUUCUCCCAAUAAUACUCAAAUGAUGUCGAUGUCUGAUCAAACUGUAAAGAACGAGCAUAUGCAUAUGUACGACAACAACCGGUUGUUCGUGCAGACGGACAUGCAGAACAACAUGAUCAACCAGGAGGUCAUGCCGUACUCGUAUGAACAAAGCUCGCCUCAAGCCCAAACAAGUCAGAUGCAGAAUAACGUGUUUGAGCCCAAACGCGUUCAGUAUACGUCUAAAAUUAUAUCACAACCAGAUCCCGCCUACAAAUAUAACACAGUUGUGCCACCCUCCCAAACGGCACCAGAAACUGUGUCACUACUGCAGCAACCAGUGCAAAAUCAAAAGUACGCUUCCACCAUCGUCAUUCAGGGUCGAAGCGGUUAUACUCGAGAAAAACCACGGCCGAGGCUGGCCAUGUACUCGAGUCAGCUUCCAAACAACCAAUAUACGAACUAUGGGCAACAUAGCCCGAACUCGCAGGUUGACAGGACGCAGGCGAGGCCACAGCCGAUGCACUACUUACAGCCGAACCCAGUGGAAUCGUACAAAACGAAGCCGACGAACACUGUCAAUGCGCGUUCGUUCAAGAUGCCUUCGCCGCCACUGUCUAAUUCUUCGCAACAGCAGGGUACGUCAACCGCGGCGCGGAACAAGGAUCAAUACCGCUCGCACAGCUUACCCCUGGGCGCGCAGCUCAACGCUGACUGGACGGUGAGCGCGCCCGCCCCCGCCCCCGCGCCCGCUCUCGCGCCCGCGCCCGCUCCCGCCCCCGCGCACCUGCAGACGCACGAGGCCGCCGCCGCUGCCGCGCAAAGGCAUAGCGCUAGGGCACGCGAGCUAAGCACGGGCACCCUUCGAAUCCGCUCGCGCUCAACCUCAAGCGGCCUGCUAGACGCGGCGGGCGGCACGACGGGCGCGCGCCGCCCGCCGCCGCUCUGCAGCGUGGCCUCCGAGCCCGCGCUGCCGCAGGCCAGCGUCAUGCUCGCGCAGCUGCUGAGCGCGCAACACUCACAAAGUGUAUACAAAGUAAACAGCCCCGCGGACGACGGCGACCCGAAGUCCCCGCAGCGGCGCGGGCAGCCGUCGCCCAUCGGCAGCGACGUCAUGUCCCCCCACCAGAGCCUCUCACCUCCCGUGUCUCCUGACGGCGAGCGAGCCGGCUCCCCCCGCGAAGCGCGCCGCACGCACAUGCACGCAGAACAGAAGCGACGCUACAACAUCAAGACCGGCUUCGACACGCUGCAGGCGCUCAUACCCCACCUCAACGCCAACCCCGCCGCUAAGAUAAGCAAAGCUGCCAUGCUACAAAAAGGAGCAGAGUACAUAAAACAGUUGAAAGCUGAGAGAAACCAAAUAAAAGAGGAAAUGGAAAGUUUACGACAGCAAAUCGAAUGUUUGAACAAUUCCAUAUCCAACUGCCACUCGCUGCUGCCGGCGACGGGCGCGCCGGUGUCGCGCGCGCGCGCCGGGCGCCUGCGCGAGAUGUUCGCGCGCCACGUGGCCUCGCGCACCAUGCACACUUGGAAGUAUUGGCUGUUUAGCGUGGUGUGCGCGGCGCUGGUGGACUCGUUCAGCGCGUGCGUGUCGUGCGGCAGCGGCGCCGACCUCGUGCGCACCACGCUGCUGUGGGCCGAGCAGCACUGCUCGCUCGUCGAGAUGCGGCCAGCGGUCCUAAACUCCCUCCGCGUGCUAUGCACCACCACCGACAUCCUGUCGGCGCCCGAGCGGCUGCCGGAGGAGGCGCGCGCCGCCGCGGCCGGCAGCGCCGCCGUCAAGACCGAGCCCACAUAACACAAGGCCCAAGGGCUAGCCCUCCACUUGUACGGGUACACGCUGCUGCACUUGUCUGUACCGAAUACUCUUGCUGAGAUAGUUGGCUCACUGCCUGAGGGAGAAGAGGAACGGUCGCCAGUAAUGUGAAUGGUCAGUGAUCAAGAAUUGUUAUAUGGAUCUCUGUCACACGUGUAUUUUAUAUUUCCUGAGGAAAUAGUUGAUAGCACGUCGCUUCUCCGUCGGCAGUGGGACGGCUGCCUGUAUUUUCCUAGAAAAUAAUACAGAUGUAGUACAAGAUGUUUGGUGAGAGUGAUAUGUUGUGGAAUUGUUACACGAAUUUUUAGUCGUAGGUUUUUCUUGAUGCGAGUGCUCUAUUGAACGAAAUGUACCUGUUGUCUGUUGUACUUAUAUCGAUCAUCAUUAGAUUAUUUUUGUUAAUUUAAUCAUCCACUUAUGCCACUUCUUUAUUUCUUUCACUUGUUGAAUCUGGCACGUCUUCAUUUACCGCUUUAUAACUAGAGAUGUAUAUUUAUGUAACUAAAUUCUUAAAACACGUAUAUUUUUAAUAUCGUCUCACUCAAUACUCAGGUGACAAGUUAAUUCGAUGAACUUUAAUAUUGUUCUCGCAUCGCGAAUAUCUCGUGACUGUCUCUUUGCCGGCUGCAUUGUUUCUAAUAUCGACGUACGACCAAAGUCCUACAGAAAAUAUACACCGUUUUAUAUUUCAAACAUAAGUAGUGAAUAGUUUUGCUAGUAUUUGUCCUUACUCGCUGAAGCAUUUAGACUUUGUUACAUCUAUGACUAAUGUAGUAUUUCUUUGUUGUUGUGGAGUAAGUGAAAUGUUUCAUGUCUAGUAUUUUCACACGGUGUUUGUGAUCUCACUCAGUUCCAAUUUGAUGAAGCAGCAAAAAUAUGUUUUUAAUAUUUUUUUACAUAAUCAUACUAGUGAGUAUAAUGUUACUCGUAGAACUUUGAAUAAAUUAUAUUCUCGUUUGUUGCUAUUUAUUCUUAGUUAACUUGUUGGAAUUACAACUGCCGUUUCCUUUACUGCACUAGCGUGAAUUAGAAACAACGUGUAGGAUGUUUUUACUAAUCCCUGGCCGGCGAAGAGAGUAAUAUUACCUACAUAGUUAUGUUGUAUGGUCUUUUUUUAGGCACAUAAUGUACAAAUACCUCAUGAAAUAAUUUAUAUACAUUACAAUUAAUAUAAAAAAAUAUUUCGAUGGAUAUUUAUAACUUUUUUUAUGCAAAGGGCUCGAAACAUAAUUAUGCCACUUUAGAAAAUUAUUCGUGAUUAUACUGAUUCCAGCGGCGGUAUCAUGGUCGCAUUUUUAUCACUUGUUAUACGUCACUUUCGCACUUACAUACUUGUUAGAUCGUGACAGGCAUGAUGACAGAUGAUGAAAAACCGACCAUCUUAGCCCUACAGGUGUCUUCAUUGUUAAUGCUUAAUAUUUUAUACGUAUUCAAAAGUAAGAGGUAUUUGCACACAAAAUUAUAUUGGUGAUUGGCGAGUGUGCAAAAUAUUGGUGUUCACUUGCAAUUGAAUGAAUAUUCAACAACGCACAAAAUUAUUGAAGUGUAAGCCGGCCCCACGCCAGUGGAUUACGAUUCGUGUAAAGCCUGACAUUAAGGUACUUAAAUUUUAGAAUCCAAGGACGGUGAUAGGUGAUCUAGAAAAAUUUCUUGAACAGAACAUUUCUAGUUCUCUUUUACAGCAAUAGGGGGUAUUACUGUAAUGUUCUGCCGCGAGAGCGCAGCACCAGCACAUGUUGUAAACCGUAGAGAAACGUAUACAUGCUAUGCCAUAAACAGUUUUUUGAGAAGUUUUCACAAAGACAUUGAUGCAUCAAGGCGGUUGGUUCACACAGAGCCUAACGCGAACCGCAAAAAUCGAAAUUUCGUUAUCUGCUUCUGGAUCGCUCGAAUAUGUAAGAGUGAUAGUGAAAAUGCGAAAUCUCGAUUGUUGUGCUUCGCGGGAGGCCCUCAGUAUGUGCUAGUGGCGCUCUCUACGCAGAGUUUCGCGUAAUAUUUUCUAUUCGAAAAAAAAACCAGUAGCAGCACUUCUGGCAGCUGAACUUUUUCGAUGUCAAAUCUUCACCAGACAAUAUUGGAGGAAGUAAUUGCCACAACUUACAUUAUGCUCGAAUAUUACUGAAUUUGGAGUGUAAAUAUAUCUGUAUAUAUUUGAUUUAACGAUGUGGCGUUAAUCUAGUGCCUUUAACUGACGUUUUGUCAGCCUGCAACAAGGGUGAUUUUUUUAUGUUUUUACCAAAGAAGUAGUAGUUUUCAGUUAUGUAUGAUAAUGAUAUAUUAUAUUAACAAGCACACGACGUACCUAGAUCAGACAUUGUGAACUAUACCCGUCCUCCCCGGCGAGCCGUGAAUGCCAAUACUUAUAGUACGAUAAGAGAAAAUGAAUUUAAUGAUGUCGAGAUUUAUUUAGACUAAAUUGUAAGUAUAUUUACGUAAGUGCCUACUUUAAGUAAAUAUUUUUAUAUGGAUUGUGUGGUUACACAAAUGUUUUAUAUUUAUAUAUAUAAAUCGGUGCCAACGUAAAUAUAUUGUUGUAAUUUGUUAUGUAGUGAUAUAAUUUUAUGAUGUAUCGUUGUCUCCGAGGGCGCCCGCGGCGCGAGCUUUAACAAGGAAUGUGCAAUUGUUGUUCUAUCGGAAUACAGUUUGGAAACAAAACCA